GACCCUUAGCAACCAGACUGGGUUGUCGCUGCACUCUUACUAUGUUUUUGUCUGCCAGACAGGGUAGAAAGCUGCAAAGGGCAUUGGGGCCACCUAAAUGUCUUAUCUGGGAGGGAGAUAAGGCAGUUUACUACGGGCUGGGUGCUUCUCUAUGAUGACAAUUUAAAAGCAGACAAGGCGGGUUGCGGCGCCAGGCUAAAGAAGCCACCCUUCCCCGGUCCAAAACGCGCAGCUACCGAGUCGACAGCGCGAGUGACAGUUGGCGGCUGCCUCUGUUUACACCGGGGAAGGCCGCUUCCGGGUUGAGGGCCUGGAGCGGCGGUUCCCAUGGCAACGCCCUUGCUUAGGCCCGCGCGCGCGCGCCGGCGCCGGCAAUGACGCCCGGGGAGCUCCGCCCCCGCGGCCCUCCGAAGCGGCGUCUGAUUGGCCCUGCGCGGGCGGAGACGCUGCCUCAGGAGGGAGAAGAGGCGACUUCCUCUCCUCCUCCCGCCCCCUCCCCCUCCUUCCCCGGCGCGGGGCCCGCUCCGUCUCCCCCGCCUCGCUGCUCUCCCGCCGCGGCCUCCCGCGAGCCGCCAAGAUGGCGUCCGCCUUGGAGCAGUUCGUCAACAGCGUCAGGCAGCUCUCGGCCCAAGGUGACCGCCGGGGACCCGGGCUGAGGGGGCGAGGCCGGGUGGCUGGCGGGGUGUCAAGCGGAGGGACCCGCCGGGCGGCUCCGGCUCUCCUCGGCCUCCAGCCGCGCACGUGAAUGGCCAGAGCGAAAGCGGCCUGGUGGGAGGAGGAGGCGGCGGUGGCCGUGGAGGGGGACAUGGGUUCGAAUCCCGCCCCUGGGUGGUGGUGGGUGUCGGGGGAAGAAGCCCCCUGGCUGCCAUCUCGGGAGGGAAACAGGCGCGGCUCCCCCUUUUCGCGUGUCCCCCGCGGGGCGUUUUUGGAUUAACCCCUUUAACGUUUGCCUCGCGCAAGGGAUUUUUUUUGGGGGGGGUACAGAUCCGACGCAUGUUGUAAAGGCGGUGGGGGAAGAGGUUUAGGGAUGGUUAGCGCUGGAACUAGUGGACAACCAGUGAGCCUAAGAAGAUGAGAAGAGCCCUUGUGGAUCAGGCCAGUGGCCCAUCUCGCCCCGCAUCUUACUUUCACAGUCAAUGAACAUUUGCCUGCGGGGAAACCAACACGCAGGACCAGAGCACAAGAGCAUUUUCCAGCAACGGAUAUUCAGAAGCAUUGCUGCCUCCAACUGUGGAGGCAAAGAUUAGCCACCAAGACGAGUAGCCUUGUCCUCCGUGAAUUUGUAUACAGGUAUUUGUCUUUCAAAGCCAUGCAGGUUGGUGGUCAUCAUAGCCAAUGUGGGAGAGUUACAGUUCAACUAUACGCUGCUUGACGAUCUUUAUCCGACAUAAAUCUUCCAACAUUGGUGAAUGGUGGAAUUAUAGAAAUGCAGAGUUGGGAGGGACCCUGAGGGUCAUCCAGUCCAACCCCCUGCAAUGCAGUAAUCUCAACAAAAGCUUCCAUGACAGAUGGCCAUCCAGCCUCUGUUUAAAAACCCCCAAGGAAGAAGGGCCCACCACCUCUCGCAGGAGUCUGUUCCACUUCCAAACAGCUCUUAGUGUCAGAAUGUUCUUUCUGAUGUUUAGGCGGAAUCACCUUUCUUGUAUCUUGAAGCAACUCGUUCAGGUCCUAUGCUCUGGAGCAAGAGAAAACAAGCUUGCUCCAUCUUGUUAUGUGGCCGCCAAGACCACAUAACACCAGUCUUGAAAGACCUACAUUGGCUCCCAGUACGUUUCCGAGCACAAUUCAAAAUGUUUGUGUUGACCUUUAAAGCCCUAAAUGGCCUCGGCCCAGUAGACCUGAAGGAGGGUCUCCACCCCCAUCGUUCUGCCCAGACACUGAGGUCCAGCUCCGAGGGCCUUCUGGCAGUUCCCUCGCUGCAAGAAGCCAAGUUACAGGGAACCAGGCAGAGGGCCUUCUCGGUAGUGGCGCCCGCCCUGUCGAACGCCCUCCCAUCAGAUGUCAAAGAGAUAAACAACUACCUGACAUUUAGAAGACACCUGAAGGUAGCUCUGUUCAGGGAAAUUUUUAAUGUGUGACAUUUUAAUGUAUUUUUAAUCUUUGUUGGAAGCCACCUAGAGUGGCUGGGGAAACCCAGCCAGAUGGGCGGGGUACAAAUAAUAAAUUAUUAUUAUUAUCUUCCAUGUCCCGGUCCUUUAGAUAUUGGAAGCUGCCUUUCAUAUCUCCUCUCAGUCUCCUCUUACCCAGGCUAAACACACCCAACUCCCUCCAUUGUUCCUCACAACAGAUAAAAGCAAGGACUUCUUACGCAGCACUUAGUUAAAACUAUGGAAAUCGGUUCCCGCAGGAGGCUGUGGUGGCCACCGACUCUCCUAUGAGAAAAGGUUGCAGCAUUUGGGACUUUCUAGUUCAGAUCAAAGAGGUGACAUAGUAGUUUAUCAAGAAAGCGGGAAGAGAGAGGUUUUUCUCCUUCACUCAAUGCUAGAACUUGUGAACAUCUAGAUUAAUAAAAUGUAUGUUAAAAAAAAAAGAACAUCUAACGAAGCUGAAUGUUGGAAGAUUCAGGACGGAUAAAGGUCCUCCUUCACACAGUGCAGCUAAACUGGAAUUUGCUUCCGCAGGAGGCAGUGAUGGCCCACAACUUGGAUGACUUUAAAAGAGGAUGAAACACAUUCAUUGAGGACAAGGCUAUCAGUGGCUACUAGCCACAAUGGCUGUGUUGUUCCACCACUGUCACAUGUCAUACUUCCGAAUACCAGUUGCUGAGAAUUGCAGCUCGGGAGAGUGCUAUUGCAUUCAUGUCCAUCUUGCAGGCUGCCCUUGGACAUCAGGUCAGCCACUGUGAGAACAAGAUGCUGGACUAGAUGGGCCAUUGGCCUGAUCCACCCGGUUCGCCUUAUGUUCUUAUGUUGUUCUCAUGUCCUGCUUGUGGGUUUUGCGGAGGCUCGCCAACCUGUGUUGCUGGCCGCUGUGGGAUGCUGGGCUAGAUGCGCCUUUGCUCCAAUCUGCUUGAUGUUGCGCUCUUAUGAUGCUACUGCGUCAAUAAGCCUCAUGAUGAUAAUGCAGCCUUGAAACAAGCCUACCAAUGUUACUGUGUGCAAAACAUUUCUACCAGGUUGCUGGAAUCACUGAAAAAGGAUGUAGUGCACUGUCUGUUCUGCAGCAGCCUGCUGUGUUUCUGUGCCGGGUGCUUGGUGUAUAUCUUAGGUGCAGAAGAGCAGUGGAACCCUGCAUCCUUCCUUCAUCAACCACCUUAUUCAUCUGCAUGGAAUUCCUUUUUGGAUAUGGUUAUCAAGCUAAUGCUAAAUACAAGACUGUGAUAAUGUGUGCAGCCCUGAGCUCUUUGAAGGUUAAGAGGGAUAUAAAUGCUAAAACUAGGCAAAUAAUAAUAGUAAUAAUAAUAAUUUAUCAUUUAUACCCCGCCAACCUGGCUGUGUUUCCCCAGCCACUCUGGGUGGCUUCCAACAAAAUAUUAAAAUACAAUAGUCUGUUAAACAUUAAAAGCUUCCCUAAACAUGGAAAAGUUUCCUUUUAGUGCCUUGCACCAGGUGGCUGUGACAGCUACUACUAUUACUACUAACAGUAAUUACUACUACUACUACUACUACUACUACUUAUUGUUUUUUCCCUAUGUUUUUAGCUAUUCAUAUUUUCACCUUGAGUCCCUGCCGGGGGGGAGGGGGAGUGGGGUGUCAAUAAAUGGAUUCAAAUAAAUAACUACCAUUGUUAUUGGGGCUUUGAAGAAUAACAUUAAAAAGGACAGAUUCCUAACCAACAAGGAGUUUAGUCUACUUUUUGACAGUAGAAAAGGAAUCUUAGAGAGAUGAGGGUAGCAAGUGCGAGUAGUUACUAAUCCUUAGGUUUGAUUUUGAGCCACAAGCCUUGAGGUGAUGGCUUUUGAGGAAGGCUUUGAAGUUGUUGGGGGGAGGGGAGAGAUGGACCCAUCUACCCAUUCAGAGCAAGGCUUCAAGGCACAAGGGGAAGAAUGAAUGGGGUCAAGACGUGAAUGGCCAUCUUGCCAGAGUUAUGCCAUGUUGACAGAACAUUAGGAAAACCCUACCAGCACAAGGAGAUCCUUUAAGUUUUAUUUGAAGGUUUAUGUCUGCAGAAAAGGAAGUUUCUAGCACUAAGGUGAAACUGUGACACUUCCUUGCUAUUUUCACUAUCUUUUUUUUUUACUGCUGUUGUUUUGCUAUGUUAUUAUAAAAUUAUUUUUGUAUAGUUUGUUUGAAAUGUAUUCCUGUUUUCUGUGUUGUUAAGCCACUUUGAGCAUAUUUUUUGUAGCAAAGCAGCGUACAAAUAAAAUGAAGGAAGGAAGGGAAUAGAUGCUACCAAAACAAGCCAGCCCUAACUCAGCACAGCUCUGUUCUUGCUCACUCUUCAAAACAUAUUGCUGCAUCUGCUCAGCAUUUGUUAAGCCAGGGUUUUCCAGAGAUAAGAUGGGCAGUGCUAAAUGCAUAGGAACAAAGGCUCAAUGUCUACAGGGGAUUUUCAGGGUUAAUCAGGGAACAGAAGUGAAUAAUCUUGCAAGUUCUUUUCAGACACAGCCUGACACUUCGCAUUGAACUUUGUGGCAAUUGGAAAAGGGGUGCCAGCAUGUUGGGGAGGACAAUGAGGAGGGGUGAGAAGUGUUGGGGAGCACGUCUUUCAAACGUUUUGUGUGCUAUGUUUUACUGGUGUGGUUGUUUUUAAACAGCAGUGCAGAGCAGGGAACCUGCAGGCCUCCAGAUGUUGGUGGAAUCUCAACUCACACCAGCCCCUUCCCAGCAUGCCCAGUGGUCAGGGAUGGUGGGAAUUGUAGCCAGAAGCAUUUGGAAUGCCAGAAAUUAGCCACCACUAGUCUAAAUAAUGGUUCAUCUUUCAGAGAGGAAGGAGUAUAUGUCUUACAAAAAAGAUAGCAUUUAUGCUGCCAUUCUGUUCUCUGAUUCGUACCCAAACCUUGCAUUCAGAGGUUAUGGGGCAUCUUGUGCAUGUGACUCUUGUGUUCUGCUGAUGAGGGCUUUGUAGUGUUGAUCUAACUGGUAAAGCUUAUGUGUGAAUGAGAAACACUGAGUGUCUUAUGCAUACUGUAGGAGUUCAGCUUAAUCUCCCCAAUAUUGUUUAAACUCAGAUUAUACUUUGCAUGCACAUAAUUUUUAAAAAUCUUGCCAGUCUCUGAAAUAUGCAUCCUAGUGAAGAGAUGGUUAUGGACCGGGGGGGGGGGGUCAGACCUGUUUGAAUUCAUGACUUAGCAUGUGGUUGAAAGCAUUAGAAUAGCUUCACAGUGUUCUGUAGAACCUAAUGUGCGUUUCUUAAUCUUUAGCACAGCUAUAUGUCUUGCAGGACCCCCAACCCCACGCCAGCUGCCACUUAAAGAUUCUGCAUGCAGUAACAUAUAUCUUGUUUGGGACUGUUAAUUGGAGCAAAGGGAAGCUUUAAGGUUGUCUUAUGUUCUUUAAAAAAUAACUAGCACUGAUGCUUUCUAAUUUUGCUCCUAGUCACUUUUGACUGAGCCAAAGUAAUAUUUCGUAUUUGUGGUCAUUAGUUUUGAAUUUGGAGCACAGCUUUGUGUACCUACAAUAGAUGAGCUCAGAGCUGUAAAAAUUUUUCGUACUCCUAGGAAUCCAGGUGUGAAAGCAUUUGCAUGCCUUUUUUUUUAAAGCUCAGUUUUCUUGGAGGAUUCAUAGUUUCUUCAUUUAAAUAAAUAAACAACACUGUACAGUACAUUUUUUUUGCAUUGUGGAGGGGCAAAUGUCAGGCUUGAGGGAUCUAUUUCCCCCCCUAGAUCCCUGAGAUCCACUAACUAGAGCCAGAUUUUUGCAUAGUACUGUAGCUGAGUGCACAGAGCUCCACUUGAAUACAUGCAUACCCCAAUAAUUUGUUUUUGUUACCAGCUGUCAACUUUGUCACAUAAAAAUCCCCUUCUCAUCCCCCAUUUCAACUUUCCUUCAUUUCAGAAGCCAGUGACAGAGGCUUUCACUUGUUCUCAUUGUUAAAAUGGCUGGCAGUCAGAAACCCUUGCUGGGCUGCUGCACAUCACGCAGAUAUCUAAUGCUAAAUCUAAAUCUGCAUUUGCCCAGCCUGCUCUAUAGAAAUGCUUCAUCUAAGGUUUGAGGAAAGACUUGUACUAUUUUUUCAAUAGCUGUCCUAGGAUUUCAGCUGUGGUGCUGUCCAUGGUAUUUCAUGUGUCUCGGGAUUUUCACUCUCUUACCUCACAUUCCAGCUGUUUUAAUCUGAAAAUUAAACCCUCUACAAAAGUGAAGCAUAAUUCAUAUUAUAUUAGAAUCUACUUAAACUCCCACAAACUGAUGUUCUUGCUUAUUUAAAGCUUGGAGACUAGGGAUAGCUAAUAUGAUGCUCUCCAGAUCUUGUUGGACUCCAAACCCCAUCAGUCCCAGCCAGCACAACAUCUGGAAGGCACCAGGUUGGCUGUCCCUGUUGCAUUCUCAUCCUGUGCUUAACUUUGGGUGCUUCCAACUUGCUGGACAAUUUAAAAAUACAGUUUGCCGAAGUUCGUUAGCAACAGACCCUUCAUGGAAAUGGCUGGAUGUAAGAACAGGCCAGUUUGAUUGACCUCUUUCCCACAGCGCCCAACCACAGCUCUCUUCUGAUAUUCUGUGGUAGACAAUUUCUGAACAUGGAUGCUCCCUUCAGCUGUUGUAGCCAGUAGCGAUUGAUGAACCUCCACAUCUCUGUGGAUUCGUCUAAUCCAGCCUUUCUCAACCUUGGGUCCCCAGAUGUUUUUGGCCUACAACUCCCAUCAUCCCUGACCACUGGUCCUGUGAGCAAGGGAUCAUGGGAGUUGUAGGCCAAAAACAUCUGGGGACCCAAGGCUGUGAACCACUGGACUCUAAUCCUUGUUUCCCAAGCUGCCUUCCAGCUAGUGGUGAUUGCCACACCUUAUGACAGUGGAUUCUCAAGCAUCAUGUGAACUGGAGGUGGGGAGAUGGACUGUAGCACACCAUUCUCUUGCACUUUCUCACCCAGAGCUCUGAGCUCAAGUUCUGUAUGGUGUGAUGGGUUGUUGUCGAUGGUGUUGAGUAGGAGGGGCACUAAUUUAGUUUUGGCUGUGGGCAGUGGUGGAGGGGUUCACAUGGUGUCUGCAGAAUAAUAGCAAAGGAGGCGAUCAGUUUUAUCUGCAGCACCUGUUAAAACACCUCUCUCUCUCUGUAGAAGGCACCCAUUGCCUUCCAUUAUUCCAUUGUAUUCCAUCAUAGAAUUGUAGAGUUGGAACGUAUCUCUCUUCUUCCGUAAGAGGCUUUUCACCACUCCGAAAGUACUUAUGCAGAGCCAAUCAGUGCAAACAGGUUCAGCUCAAAAUAUAGCUAAGGUUCAUUUGCAGCACACACACGCCCUUCUCUUCUCUGCCCCUUUUUUCAUUUCUUCCUAGACCGUAACAGCAGUGCUUCAAAGAUAGGUGUGUCCUUCCUCUCUAGUAUAGCUCACAGAGGAGAAAGGAUAUAUGUGAAGCAUUGUCUUCUCACUCGUUGCCCAAGAUAAUGAUGCUGAUCAUAUUUCCAUGGCACAUGCUUUUCAUGCAGAAGGUCCCUGACUUCCCCAGGUAGGACUGGGCAGGGCUUCUCUCUGAAAUCUUGGAGAGAUGCUGCCAGUCAGUGUCAGAAGUACUGACCAAGGUGAGCCAAAGGUCUGACUUGGUGCAAGGGAGCCUCCUAUGUCCUUGCACUUGGUGCAAACUCAGGGGUACAUAAAGGUGCGACAGGGAGCCUUUGCUUUAUUUACUUUCAUUGAGCUGAAAUGUAACAGCCCCUUUUUCUUGUUCCAGGGCAAAUGACUCAGCUUUGUGAACUGAUCAACAAAAGUGGAGAACUGCUAGCAAAAAACCUCUCUCACCUGGAUACAGUGCUCGGUGCCCUGGAUGUUCAAGAACACUCCUUAGGGGUUCUUGCAGUCUUGUAAGUUACUUUCCUUCAUUUGAAAUUUUUGAAUUGAAGGUUUGAAAGGGUGUACGGACUUGCUGUAUGCGAGUUUUUACGUUUUUAUUCAUGAAGGUUGCAGAUUACUCUGUUUCCACUGCAAGAAAUGUUAGAAUGUGCAGAUUGAAGCAAUGGUUCAUUGCCUUUGGAGCAGUCCUAUUCUGCAUUCUGGCAGCUUUUAAGAGCCGUGCCCAUUUUCACGUGAAAGCUCCUGUUAAAACGUGGGUUCUGUCUUCGUUUUCAGGUUUGUGAAGUUUUCCAUGCCCAGCGUCCCUGACUUCGAAACGUUAUUCUCGCAGGUCCAGCUUUUUAUCAGCACUUGUAAUGGGGAACACAUUCGAUACGCAACAGACACUUGUGAGUUAUUUCAGCAGCCUUGCCUCUUGCCACGUUUGACGUGUUCCCUUUGUGGGGCUGCUCACUCUUUCUUUUUCUUGUUUCGUUGUCUCUAGUUGCUGGCCUGUGUCACCAGUUAACCAAUGCCCUUGUGGAGCGGAAGCAGGUAAACAAGCCCAAACAUGCUCCAGAUUCUCUUUCGGGUGCUGGGAUAGUACAUGUCUUCUGGCCAACUAAAAUUUUGCCUUUCCUCAUGCACUAAUUCUGAACCUUUUCUCUUUUCUGUUGGUAUGUCUCUGUUCACUUCUUUGGAGUAUGUUGCACAAUAUAAGUUUGCUGUUUUCAUACUAGAGGAGGUAUUUUUAUGCUGACCCUGGGACUGGCAGUAUGUUUCCCAGCCCUUCCAGUGCCUGGGAUACAGCAGAACCACCUUGCCAUAUUAGAUCACUGGGCCUGGUGGAUCACUGGCAUCAUCAAAGGAGGCCUUGCAGAUCACAUUCCAACCUUUACAUUUAUAAGUGCUGCCGCUGGGGUCCCUUGCGGAGGCUUCCCUAACAGAGACCUAUUACCUUUCCGACAGCCCCUGCGAGGAAUUGGCAUUCUCAGGCAAGCCAUAGACAAGAUGCAGAUGAACACCAACCAGCUGACCUCAAUACAUGCAGAUCUUUGCCAGGUAAGGGAAUCCGGAAGGCUAACAGGCUGAGUGCUUUUGCUUCAAGGGUGCUCACAGUGCAGGAAGCUUCAUCAAAACAUCCUCACGAUCCCUUCCAGCCAUGUAUAUUCCAAUGAAUAGCUUGAAACAAAAGUAAAGGCUGAUCAAGUAUGUCUGCUGCUUGUUGUGCUGUUGCAGAACUUCUGAGUCAUGGUGACCUUUCCUGCAGCACUGCAGAGUUCCUUACAAAGCUAGUUGUUCACAGUGGGCAGUUGGUCAACAGUGACAUGGCAUCUCCCAGUUUAGCUUUCGACUCAACCCCGGGAAUAGAUGAAGUUGCUUAUAGCAAUAAAGUAUUCCAGAUACCUUAUGCCGACAGUAGCCUUGCGACUCCAGAUAGCUGUGUGAAUUGGCAUCAAGUCACUUCAAUGGACGGAGAAGCUUGUUCCCUUUCUCUUUCAGUCUGGCUCCAGAGAUGAGACAAGCUGUAGUAAGAGGAUCUGUAAUGCCAUGCUUUAAACAAAAAUAAAGCCUAACCAGAAAAGUAACAAAUAGAAACAAACAACGCUUAACGCACCUUUGUAUGACAUGCAUAACCUUGAGUGGUUCGGUGUGCAACAGUUAACAUGCUUUAGCAUGAAUAAUAGUGGGACUCGUAGGCUUAUAAAGUGGGAAGGCAGUUAAAGUUAUGCUACACCUACAUCAACCCAGUUUUUUGAAAGAGUUAUUCAAGCAUCCUGAUGAAGCCAUUUGCAUGUUUUGUAAAUGCAGUUGUGACCACCCCCUAAUCCAGUCAUGGCCAAACUUGGCCCCCCAGCUGUUUUGGGACUACAACUCCCAUCAUCCCUAGCUAACAGGACCAGUGGUCAGGGAUGAUGGGAAUUGUAGUCCCCAAACAGCUGGAGGGCCAAGUUUGGCCAUCACUGCCCUAAUCUCACUCUCUCCUGACUGCCAAUGUAAUGGUCCAUAUUUCUCAGGAGUCCAAAUUAUUAGGGUUAUUUCACUCAACGGGGCUGAGACUCCCAGCAUCUCGUUCUCUCAUGAGGUUUCAUAAUGUAAUUCUGUUAGCAUUUUGCCAUGACUUGUGAUUAAAGCUCUGUUCUUAAAGCAGGAAAGAUUGGAUUUGAACAAAGGCAGCGUGUGAAAGUGGCUGGUUGGUUUGCUUUUUUGGUAACUCUGGUCUGUUUUGUUUCAGCUCUGUUUGUUAGCAAAAUGCUUUAAACCUGCCCUUCCGUAUCUAGAUGUGGACAUGAUGGAUAUUUGUAAGGAGAAUGGGGCUUACGAUGCAAAGCACUUUCUAUGUUACUACUACUAUGGUGGAAUGAUAUACACUGGGCUGAAGAACUUUGAAAGAGCACUGUACUUCUAUGAGCAGGUAACUUCCCCCGCCUCACCCGUGUGUUGAAGGAGAGCUCUCUGUGCCUCAGGAGGGGUCAACUUCAGUCUGUAACAGCUCUGUUGAUAGGCGCAUCAGAAGCUACUAGAUUUCCCCAGUCAUUUCUGGUUGCAGCAAGAGCCUGCAAAUAAUGAAAAAGAAGACUUCCUCCACUUACAAAACCUAUCCUCACCUGGAGACAAUUCUUUGCACCCAUAACAGUAUAGGCCGUUAGCAAGUCUGUGCUGUGAUUCAGCAUAGUUCAGGAACAAAGGAAUAAACAUGUCUGCUUCCCUUCGUGUCCAGCAAAAGCAACAUACAACGGAAGUUCCCAGCAGACUGUGCUGGACAUAAACAGGCAUGUGAUACACAACAGUCAUGCCUGACCCUUUUAAGGUGGAAUGAAACUAUAUCCUAACAGUGUUCCCUUUAACUGACGCUUCUGCCUAACAAAUGGAUUGAUACACAGUAUUGGGGGGGACCUAUUUCAGCCUGAGGGCACAUCCCCUUCUGAGUGACCUUGCGAGGGCCACAGGUCAGUGGUGGGUGGAGGCAGAGGCAUAAGUGGGCGGAAGAAUGGAUGUAAAUGUUACCUUGGGUACAAUAGGCUUGUUUCUGCGCGCACACACACACACCCCCUCUCUCCUCCAUCCAGUCAAGCAAGAGGCCUGAUCAGAGUUCAGGGAACAUAUCCCAGCUGGGCAAAAUCGCCCAGGGUGCAAAACAGGGACGUGGUCCAGGGGAGAGUGCCAAAGGCCAGAUGGAGAGGCUUGGGGGCUGCAUUUGUCCCCUGCAGCUGAGGUUCCCCACCCCGGUAUACAGCUAUAAAAGAGAAGGAACAAAGGGAAGUGACCAAGCCGUUCCCAUAUAUACCAUUCCUUGUUUAUUCCUAGAAAAUAAUGACUGGGAACCCAAGAGCAAGCAUUGAUUUAGGACUGUGGUUUGUUUGGAAGGAAACAGAAGUUCGUUUCUCUACUGGAGCACACAAGGAGCAACAGGGGAGAGCUUUUGCUGCAUGUGCACAGGAUAAUCUGCUUGACCAUGGCUCACGGAUUAGGACUGCAAAUGCAGCCUCUCUCUGUGUAUUUGUUUGUUUCUGGUGAUUUUCAUUUGCUCCCUUAAUUUUUUUUCUUUUACAGGCUAUAACAACUCCUGCCAUGGCAGUCAGUCAUAUUAUGUUGGAAUCCUAUAAAAAGUAUAUCCUAGUUUCAUUGAUACUACUUGGCAAAGUGCAGCAACUGCCGAAGUAUACCUCCCAGAUAGUGGGUAGGUUCGUUAAGGUAAGACUCCAGAAAUCCUGUACUGGUGCAUUAUUUAUUUUUUUAAGGCAAAACUGUGAUGGAGGAGGAGGAGAACUUUAAUUACAGUAGUUCUUGGGCCAUAGCAGUGCAAAAAAGUGGAAAAAAUUAAAGCAGAAAACGGAAUUUACAGGAACAAUCAUCAAAAUCAAAACUUGCUAUUUAAAAUUGAGCAUUAGUAAAAGUAAUAAUUGGGAUUAAUGAAAUGAAUGGGCAAAGCUGUGCAGUCGGAGUUGUCUGUUUUCUCUCCUGCUUUUAGGAAAAAAACAAAAGAACAGGAGAUUUUUGGGAAUAGCAGACUCAUUCCAGGUUAUAAGGAGAAGAGGUGUUGCUCAAUGGUGGUGCAUAACCUUUGCAGUCCACGUCCUCUAGUCAAUCCCUGGCAUCCCCAGCUAACAAUGAUUUUGGUAGCAGAGGUGGGGAAAUCUUGGGGCCUUGGAGAGCUGCUUCCAGCCAGAGCCGGCAGUACUGGACUAAAUAGACCAAUGCUUUGUGUUGGGAUAAGACAGCUGUUGAGAUCACUAGCUCCCGAUGGGGGUCCUCAUUGGUGUUUUGAGUUGCCCUUCUCUGCAUUUGAAAAAGUCUUAUUUUGCUUUCUCAUCACAGCCACUUAGCAAUGCCUACCAUGAAUUAGCGCAAGUGUAUGCAACCAAUAAGCCCUCGGAGCUACGGAAUCUGGUGAAUAAGCACAGCGAGACCUUCACCAGGGAUAAUAAUAUGGGUUUGGUGAAGCAGUGCUUGUCAUCUCUCUAUAAAAAGAACAUUCAGAGGCUAACUAAGGUGAGGCAUCCGUUCUGCUGUAUUCCUAUGAGUCCUUGGGAACGUUAUGCAGGUGUGUCUUAGCUGAGGGUCUUUUGCCACCUGGCAAAAUUGCUUGUCUGGUUCUCAUGGGUGCUUUCGUAAAGUCUAAAAUGUUACCUGCCGACAGCAUCACACACCUGGCUUCUGAUUAUCUUGGCUUCUGCCCUUUUGCAGGCUUUCAGGGGUGGUCCUGGGUGUGCUAGUUCCCCAUGGGAGUUGGUCAGAGUUUGCAGAAAUCUCUAAUGAAUCUGCUCUGCUUCUGGAUUUCAGACAUUUUUAACGCUGUCGUUACAAGACAUGGCAAGUAGAGUGCAGCUAUCGGGGCCUCAGGAAGCAGAAAAAUAUGUCCUUCAUAUGGUAAGGAAUGUUGCUUUUUGAACGAAAUGUCAAGUCGGAUUUAUUUGAACGUCCCUUUUCUGAAUAUAUUGCUUUCAGUAGCGAUCAGGUUAAUUGCAAACAAUUGAAACUAGAGAUCAUAUGGAAUGUGCGCAACUUGCGGACCUAACAUAUAGAAUAAGAGAACAAGAAGAACAUAUGUUUAAAGAAGAUUGGAAAAUGUUUAUUGAAUAUAUGGAGGAGAAUUGUGCUUAUUUGAAAACGUGGGCAGCAUUAAGAUAAAUUCAACAGUGUAAAUAAGUUUUGAGGGAUGUAAUAAUGGAAUACUGAAUGUUUUAGUUUUAUCUAAAUUAUGCAGGGAUUUAUGUUAUGCAAAAUGAACCAUGGAAAGAGAAGAAGGGAAGUCACUGAUAUUUUAAGAUUGUUUAAAUGAAUAUUCUAAAAUGUGAAACAGAAAAUUAAAAAAAAUUAUAGGGGGGAAAAGAAACUAGAGGUCAUUGCAAGUAGUCAACAUUAACCAGUACAAUAGGAUGAUAAUGAAUAUUCCUAACAACUUAAUUUACCAGGAUAGGCAAAGUUAUUAUGAUAUUAUUAUGAUAGCACAAAUCAAAACGUAUUGAUCUUCAUGUCAAAACAAGGGUGUUUUUUAAAUUUUAAAUUAUUAUUAUUAUUAUUAUUAUUAUUAUUAUGAGACCACACAUUCCUGGUUAUGAGAUGGGGAGCACUGCCUUUCUUGGAGGUUUUGCUGUCAGUUAAGAUGCGGGGAAUACAGGCAGUUGGAGGGUCUUCUGGGUGGGAUGGCAGAGGCAAGAUGAAACAGGAACAGCGCCCAAAUCAUAAAACACUAAAAUCUUGUUAUUUCAGAUAGAAGAUGGCGAAAUCUUUGCAAGUAUUAACCAGAAGGAUGGUAUGGUAUGUUUCCAUGACAACCCUGAAAAGUACAACAAUCCAGCUAUGCUUCACAAUAUCGAUCAGGAGGUAAAUAACCCUUCAUUUUCACCUCGGUUAUGGUUGCCAUGAGCAGCAGAACGAGUCAGUAGAACAGCAAGCUCUGUGGCACAUUAUGCAUUCCCUAUUAAUUCUUUUAAAAAAACCCCAAGCAUUCAAAUACCUAGCACAACCCAGAGCUGGUUCUAGUCACUGCUGUGCCAGCUUUCGAAUUUUCUGGGAGGUGUUCUGAUUUAACUCACAGGAGAGAAUUGAAAAUCAUUCCCGCCCGCCCUCCUGCCAGGAAGUCUGAAGCAGCAUAGUUCAUUCUGUCCCCACCUUCCUCUUUCUCCUGUAUGGACAGAGCCCACCCCCAGAAUCUUCCAGCCUCACAAUUAAAGCCCUUGGGAUGAAUUCAGGCAGUGAAUUUAUGGAAAGCAAGCACUUAAACUGAUGCUGCUUAUGAAGUUGAAAGGCAAGAUUCUGGAUAUAAGAGAGAGAGUGAGAGCUGAUUUAAACGGCACUGCUGAAAAAUCUCUGGGUGUUUACUCUCAGAUAAGUCGCCCUGAGUUUCAUAGGCCUUGCUUCCAGGUGUGUGCUCAUAAGAUGGCAGUCCUCUAAGCUGGGAAUCCAUCAUUGAGCCAAGGGCAAAAUAGUGGCUGGGGUCCUGGUGCAGAUUGCUGCAGUUAAACAAUUGGGCAUCAAGGAAGCCUCCUGCAUACCACCCAGACACCUUUCAACAGAUCCUCUUCCACCUUCUGUCUGUUCCUGCCAUAGAAACAUCAGAGGGGAUGGGCCAAAUUCCUUCCUUGCCCUUGGUCGCUGCAUUUCAGAAUUGAUUGUGGCUUUGGGCAGCGGUAACUUCCUGAUGGUUACCUUGACUGGCCCAGUGAAAAUGCAUUCAAUGUUCUCUUCUUCCUUGCUGCCCUGCCCCGGAUGCCUGGGUUCUUAGCAACAAACACGUAUUUGUAACGAUACCCAAAUCUGUAAAGCAGCAGUCUUGAAGCGAACGGCAAGGGAGAGGAUAAAGCGUUCAAAGUGGUUACUGGGAUGGAUUCCAAGAUUCUGGCAAGCAGGUUAUAUAUGUGGUGCCUGGGAAUUCUGACACACGUCUGACCAUAGGACUUCAAUGUGGAUGCUGAAGCUAACAAACUGUGACUGUCCUGUAUAAUCUGACUCUCCCCAGAUGCUGAAAUGUAUAGAGCUUGAUGAGAGACUGAAAGCCAUGGAUCAGGAGAUCACUGUGAACCCUCAGUUUGUGCAGAAGGUAAGUGGCAGGACUCAGCUCUGUUUGGCCUUUUUCAUAGAAUUGUAGACUUGGAAGAGACGCUGAGGACCAACUAGUCCAGCCCUCUGCAAUGCGGGAAUAUGCAGUUGCCCCAUAUGGGGAUUGAACCUGCAACCUUGGCAAUAUGAGCACCACACUCUAACCAACUGAGCUAUGUGCGUGGAAGUCAAACGUUAAGCAUGCAUGGAAGCAAGCACCCUUUUUUGAACAGAAAGCACAGUGCAUUGCUGCUUAUCCAGUGGGUUGCGCCAUUUCCACACACCCCUCCUCUCACCACCUUACAGAUUAGUCCCAGCGGUGUUGUUUCCUAUUUUGCUGGAUUCACAAGGACACGUUUCUCUUUGUCACCCCCAAAUUACAGCUCCUUUUUACCUGACUGAAAUAUAAGCCAAGAAAUGGCUUCAGAGUAAUUUCCAACGUUUAGAAAAAUCACAUGGGGAAGAGGCGUUGAUUAUUACUCUGGGAAUUGUAGCUCUCUGAGGGGAACAGGAGUCUCCUAACAAUUCUCAGCAUCUUUCACAAACUGCUACAGCACUCAGGAUCUUUGGGGGAAGCUGUGACUGUUUAAUGUUUUAUCAUAGUGCUUUAAAUGUAUGGUGCAAAUGUGGCCUGUACUUUUUCUUAUUGCCUGUGUUUUGGAAGUAGGUACUAACAACUUUUCCCUUUCCUUGACAGAGUAUGGGCUCCCAGGAAGACGAAUCAGGAAGCAAACCAUCCAGUUAUUCUUGAAAAUCACAUUUUACUUGCUACUCUGUCAUAGAGCAACAAAAAAACAGAAAAAAACUAAAGAGAACCACCUUUAGGAUCAGAGUGUUAAAAAAAAAGAACUGUUUCGCCUGGACAUUGAGCAAAAUUAAAAUGAUGUCUUCUCAGUACUGUGUGAUUCCCCAAAUAUUCUCUGCAAGGAAAGGAAAAAUCUCAUUCUGUUGUGGAUUUAUCUUGAGGUUAACAUCGUUAUUGCAUUAAAUAAUUUACUUUUUGUUUUACAUGGCUUUGUUUUCAUAAUGGCCCUUCUUUUCCUCCAUGAGACAUUCAAGAAGUUUUAUGUUGCUUCUUCAGGGAACAAGACAGGGCUAGUUGGUCUAAAAGCAUUUUUUUUUUUUUUGCCUCAUUUGUUUGAAAUACAACCUUUCUGAAUGAACUUUGUAUAUAAGCAGGAUAGCUUAUUAUUAAGGGAGGGGGAAUGGUUUAUUCUCCCCCCCCACGCGCCUAAUUAAACUGGUACAUACCUUUACUUGGUGGUAGCUAUUACUAGAUUAAAGACUCCUCAAAUCUGACUGGCAAGGGAUGAAUGGAGAAUAUUCUCCCAGAUUGUACCUGCCUCUCCCAUUUCUAAAGCAGAGAAGCUGGCCUCGUGCUAGACCUUUUGAUAAGGGAGCCUGUGAACUGCCCGCCAUGAACAAAAACUUCUGCCUGGCUAGCAGCCACUGGCUCCACCUGCUGCUUCCCCUUCUCAGCCUCUCAGCUGGGCUUCUCCCAUCACGACCACUUGCUUAUUCCAGCCCUACCUGGCUUGAUCAAAAGGUAGAGAGGAGGUGCUGUUGUGGUCCUGCAGCACCCAGUACAUUCUAGGGCAUCUCUCUUAAAUGACGUACUGUACAGGAGUGCAAAAUGAUCCCGCCAUCCUUAAGAACAAGGAUCUGUCUUAAAGCCACACAUUCGAAAUCAGUCCAGCCAAUGGAAUUUAGUCGCCCAUGUGUGGUUCAGAAUUGAUCACUGCGAUCCGCUCUGGCAUGGAAGGUCCGAGUCAAUCGUUUCCAUGGCUGGUGUGGCUCCACUGUAUCCUAAUUUAUUUCUGUCGCAUUGAGAGCAUAUGUGAGCUCUGGAAAGGGAUUUGUGACCACGGGGUGGGAGUUAGUAUUCUUGAAGUCAUCUUCAAAAGGGGUUUGUGCAUGUGUCUUUAGAUACUUUUGCAAAACCUGAAACGGGAUGUAGAUGAGUUUUGGAAAGUAGAACAUAUAAAACACUGGUUUUUAUUUGUUUUUGCACUCUUGAGAAGCUCUUGUGGCACUUUAUAUACCAGAGCUAGGAAACAGGCAUGGCAUUUUAUAUUCACAAGCGGUUUUUAAUGUGUAUGAAAAAUACAGGUUGUAGCAUAUAUGUAUUUUUAAAGUUUUGCUUGCUCUGAAGUUCUCUUGCACAGUUCUGUUUUUUAAUGUGGUGGGGGAUUUAAUUCAAGGACUCUGGAAGGAAGCCGUGGUUAAUACUUGCUUUGGGGCUUUUAAAAACCGCAUCGUUUUGUAACUUCUGUAAAGUACCUAUUGGUUUAAAUUUAACACCUGCCUAGUGUGUGGGCCGGUGGUUCUCAAAUGAUAGGUAUAGACCCCCCCACUCGAAGAAACUUGAAAGAUAAAUUCAGAGCAUUUUGAAGAUUGGUGAUGUGCAGGUGUUUUAUCAGGGUUGGGGGCUAAAGACAGAACAAGCUUAAAAACCUAAACAAGACGGCUUGCACAGUGUCACGUGUCACGAGUGGAGAUUUAGAAUUUUAACCUUAAAGUGAACCCACCCUAGUUAGCGUCAUAAGCAUGUACCAACACUUGCAGCAAUUUGAACUGGAGAUGUGGGGUUAUCACAGUACUGAUAUGGGAGCAGCCUAGUGCCCCAACAGAUGAGUUACAUCAGGGAUGGGAAGACAUGUUUGUUAGUGGCUACCGGGUGCUAAGGCGCUGGAAGAAUUCUGCUCUAGGUGAAACCUGAUCCGAUCCUGCAAGCUCACAUGCUGAUGCAACAGGACAUUCUCAGGAUCACUUAAAACAGGUCACUUUGAUCAGGGUUUUUCAACCUGGGAUCCCCAGCUGUUGAACUACAACUCCCAUCAUUCCUGGGAAUUCCUCCUUAUCCUGGCCUUUGACACCUGAGAUGCGUGCUUUCCUGUGAUUGCAAUCUGUUUUAGCAAUAUUUAAUUUUGAUUUCAGAUGGCUGUAACCUGCCCUGGGACUUACUGGCGAAGGGGUGGGUAAGGAAUUUAAAUGAUGAUGACGAUACUGGCUGAUCUGCCUGGGGGAUGAUGGGAGUUGUGGUCCUACAACAUCUGGGAACCCUAGAUUUAAUGAAUGCUAACUUCGUCCUUAUCUGUUAGGCGGUCUAGAGGAUGUGUGUUAAACUGAAGCGCCACACACAGGAUAUCAUGUUGGGCAAGAUCUAAGUGACCUUAACUACGGACCCCUCCUAACCUUUGAACACUUUGCUGUGGCAGGGAUUCUACAGUUGGAGUAGACCACGUAGAUCUGCCCACCCUUGGUGCAUGUGCUGUGUUGCCAAUGCUGGAAAUAAAUUUCAGUUCCUAUAAGCCACUGCGUGAAUUGUAGAUACUUGGCUACUGAGCCCGACGUAGUGUGACCCUUCCAUCUUGCAGGAUAGGUCAAAUCUUCAAUGCAGUCUCUGCUCUAAUGUUGAGGCUCAGCUUCAAGCAUUACUUUGAAUCGCUUGCUUGCAGCCCCUGAAGUCUGCCUGCGAGUUGGGGGAACAAUCUCUAGUUAUUGGACACUUGCAUGCAGUUUGCAUGUGCAAAGUCAGCUUGAGAAAGCUGUAGCUCUGGUUCCCUGUGUAAACGAUGGCUUUCUAAGCGGAAGCCAGCUUUGGUGAUGUCUUCUUUCAAAAGAUUCCUGCAUUCUCUCAUAGAACUCUACGAUUCUAUGACUCCUGUUGUGUAUACACACCUCAUGCUGGAGCAAGUUUUGCCGUCCACUUUUCAGCUUCAACCGUGACUUAUAAUUACACAUGCAGGAUUGAUCACUAGGUUCCCCAACGUUACCACUGGUUUGUAAGUUGUGGUGAGCUUUUGUCCCAGGUUCAUUCAUUGGCAUCUCCAGGUAUGGCUAGGAAAAGACUCCCCGUCUCAAGCCUGGGAGAGCUGCUGCCAGUCCGAGCAGACAGCAGCAAGAUACAGGAUCCCUCUGUCUAAAGCAGAUUCAUGCUCCUAAAAAGUUGCUUGCAAAGGAAGCAUGAUUAUAACAUGCAUGCUCAUGAAUUUAGUGUUGGCGAGGGGGGAAGGAGUGCAGGUCCCCAAGGGCGGCUCCCGAUUUGCAAACAAUGGUUUGCAGAAACCGUACUGCGUAAGCCAUGGUUUGUAGUCAAACUAGCAAAGACUUCCUUUCAGUGGAAAAUGCUUCACUAAUAUUUGUAUGGCGCUAUUAAAAUAUUCAAAGUGUUCCACGUGCACUAUGUUGUAAACCUCACAACAGUAGGCCAGACUCAUUCUGGCAUUGCAGACUGGGAUGGGAUGAGGCAGAGAUUUGGUAAUUUUCCUUAGCCUACCUAUUGAGCUCAUGGCGAAAGAUUCAAAGAGGCUUACAGCUUGAUUCACAACAUGAAAUUCAGUAUUCGCAAUUAGCAUGAAAUUCUUAUUAGAUCUAAAACACUGCCUUUUUUUUUAGCCCUUACAAUUGUGGGUUGAUUGAUUUGCUUGUCUUUCCAAAGAAAUCUUUCCGAGUUUAUUUCCAUCCAUAAUUGUUCCAUAGUUCGCGACUGUUGCUCCUGUGCUAUGGCAGUCGUCAUCGUACUUGAUAUCCCACAGAACAGUAACAGAGGUUGAGGUGUAUUUCUAAGUUCUCUUUAGGCUAUCCAGAUGUUAGACUAGUUCCCAUCAGCUCCAGCCAAGAACGGCUAAGAUUAUGGGAGAUGCAGUCCUGCCACACCUGGAGGGGACCAAGUUCCCCUUACUAUCUAUAGAACAGCCUUUUCCAACUAGGAGCUCUCCAGAUGUUUUAGACAACCUGCGCUGGCUGGGGCUGAUGGGAUUUGUGAUCUAAAACAUCUGGAAGGUUGGGAAAAGGCUGCUUUAAGCAACCUUGGACUCUUCUUUAAUGACUGGAAGGAAAGGCCUGUGUGAUCUAUAGCUUAAUCUGAAAAUCCUUUUGGUUCUGUGAUCCUUAAUCAAGUGGAAGAUUGCUUGCCUCAAAUGCAGCUGCCCUCUGACCUGCAGAGACUCAUAAAGGAUGAAGCUAAAAUCUGCAGCAGUUUUAACAAUCUGUACUAUGCCAUAUAAAGCAAUGUUGCAGUGUGCACCUUGCACACCAGUUUCACCUUCAGUUUACAUUAAAUUUCUUCCCAUUUCCAUCCUAGUGUUGUUGUUGUUUUUUAAAAAAACCAUUCUGUUGCAGAAGUUUUCCUUUAUUACUCAGUGCCGUUGUGAGCUGUCUUAUGUGUGCUGUCACAGGAUUACUCUGUAUAAUAGGGAGAGAUGUGGGGUUUGUUUUGCAUGGCUGCGACAGGUCAGUACUGAGGAGCUUUUUUAAAAAACCAAAAAAAAACCAACCCUGUAUUAUUUAGUGAUGAAUAAAAAAGAUCACACACA